AACUCAAACCCUUUUGCCUUGUCAUGUCAAAGUGACCCUGCAUUCUCAGAGCGUCGAGAGAAAGAGCGUCAGCACUAAAUAUAUCCUUCCAGACCUGAAUAUAUCCAAAACUCAGUCUGUGUUUUGCAACGCAGCAAGGUGCAUGACAUUUCUUCCUAUAGUUCAUAAAAAAACAAAACUCUCAGGACGGAUUCACAGUGAAAACUGGAAAUUCGUGUCAGUUUCAUAAUCAUGUUUUCAUCAAGAUUGCAGUUUUGUUCAUGUGUGUGUUUUUGAGCUCUGAAACACAAUGGACUACAUGGAACAAAUGGAUGAAGAUCAGCUCAUUGACUUUGUUAUGCAAAUGAGCCUCCAAGAUGCUUACAGUGUCUCUGUUUUGAAUGAACCGCUAAGCACUUUAGAAACCGCCAGUGAUGAAAACCUCCAGAUUUUAUCAGCUAUCAAUCAAGGUGAUGUGUUUGCACUGAGGCAAUUGCACAAGUAUAGUUACGCCUAUAAAGAAAGAGACAGCAAAGGUUGGCUUCCGAUACACAGAGCGUCAGUCCAGCCAGACGUCCAUGUGUUGGACAGCGUCCUCCUGGCAUCCUAUGAGCUGAGCAUGGAGGAGAUGACGCCUGAUGGAAACACUGCUUUGAUUCUGGCUUGUCAAGCAGGAUAUGUGGAGAAUGUGAAGGUUCUUCUCCAACACGGAGCAUCUCCACACAACAUGAACAGCAGGAAUGAGACUCCACUUCUCCUAGCUGUGAGGGCAAACUCAUAUGAUAUGGUUCAUGCACUGAUAAAGGGAGGCGCCUUCGUGCAGCAGGUUUGUUUGAAAAAGUGGACUGUCACCCACGAGGCUGCUAAAGUGGGUUGCGUGGACAUCCUGAUGCUGCUGCUGAGACAUGGGGGGAAGGUCAGGGGACGGGACGGUCAUGGGGUCACACCUCUGGGCAUUGCCGCAGAGUACGGCCAUCCGGAAAUACUGGCAAUCCUUAUCGAAUAUGGGGGCGACGUCACAGCACAAGCUGCAAAUGGAGACAGUGUGUUAUAUGACGCCGCAGGCUGUGGGAACCUGGACUGCAUUGAUCUACUCUUACAACAUGGUGCCAGUCCGAAUGUAGCCAGUCUUUGCUCUCUACUGCCAAUUCACCGCGCAGCCUACGAGGGGCACUACCUGGCUCUGAAGAUGUUCAUUCCCAUCACCAGUAAGAGGGCCAUCCGUUUGUCUGGGAUGAGUCCGGUUCAUUCUGCGGCGGAUGGAGGCCAGGCUGACUGUCUCGAGCUGCUCAUCAAGAAAGGUUUUGACGUCAAUCCAAUCCUGGGCUGCCAUAUUUCCGAAACCUACGGUGACAUGAGGAAGACCCCACUGUACUUCGCCGUCUGCAAUGGAGAUGUCACCUGCACAGAGAUGCUUCUGAAAGCAGGUGCGAAGCCCGACCUGGACCCACUGCGCUGCCUCCUGGUGGCGGUCAGAGCUGGGAAGUACGAGCUGGUGCGGCUGCUUCUCGCCUAUGGGGCGGACGUCAACUGCGUCUUCUCCAUCGUCAGCGACACCUUAUUUCCUACAGCAUUGCAGUACUGCCUCAAAGAUGAAAUGAUGCUGCGCCUGCUCCUUAACAGCGGUUACCAUACAGAAAGCUGCUUUGAGUGUUACCACGACAACUGUGUAACAACAUACACGUGGGCAGAGGCUCGUAGCCAGUCGCACCAAUUCAAGAGUGCAACGAAUAAAGUAACCUUUUGCGAGUUUAUUAGCGUCACAUGGAUGGCGCACUUGGCAGGGAGGGUGGUGCUGACACUUCUAGAUUACGUGAACCAUGUGCACAUCUGCUCUACACUGCAACACAUUCUGGAGAGACAGGAGGAGUGGCCCGAUAUCUGUGAUAUCCUUAGGAACCCACGCUCUCUGAAACACCAGGCCAGGUUGGUUAUCAGGAAACGUAUGACACUGAGAAGACUGAAUGAGCCAGAGUUCAUGAGCACCGUUCCUUUCCCCCCGGCACUGAAGAACUUCCUGCUCUACAAAGAAUAUGAUAUUUAUGGUCAGAUGGAUGAACAGUAGAUAUAUGUAUUUUAUUCCAAUUUAUAUGAGUGAAACUAUUUCUAACAGUGUCAUUUUGUGAUAAUGUAAAGAAACAAAAUGUAACAAAAACAAAAAGUAAACAAAAUGUUAAAGAUGUGUUUACAAACAAUAUUAUUAUGAUUAUAUAAUUUUCAUAUGUUAAUGCUCACAAAACACAUCAACAACAAGUCCAGGUCACAUUUCACCCUAAAACAAUAAGACAAAAGCUAAUAAUUAAAUGAAAAAAAAUAAAUAAAUAGUUUAAUACAUAUGCACCUUUUUGAUUUGAUUGAAACUUGACCUGGACAUGAUCCUGACAGAUUUCCUAAAAUUUACUCUAGAUAGUCUGCAGUGUGUCAAUUUAUAUGCUACAUAAAUACAUGAUUUACUCUGGAAACAGUUUGACCGACAUAUUUUUAUCACAUGCUAAAGGAUUGCAUUACUUUUCAAACCAUAACAAUGAGACAUCAAUUUCAAACUUCACCAACAUUGAUCCUGGCUCUAAUCCAAAAACAAUGAGGAUUUGUGGAAGCUGUUGUUGCUAGAGAUACUUGUUAUCAGAGCAACAACAUUCCUGCACUG